CUAUACUUACCCGGAUUGAAUCGGCUGUUCUCCUCACCCACACCGAAACCGACUUUGGAAGAAGCCACAGCCUUGAUUGUUGCAGUGACCAUUCGUUGGUUAAUUUCACAAAAAAUCAUAUUGGGAUUCCCAUUCAAUUGCAAAGGGCCACAACCGUCGCAAAAUAUCAAAUCCAUUGUCAGCGAGGGAAUAAAUCUGAACACGUAUUUGAAAGAUCACGGCCAUUUGACGAAACAACAGAUCUCACCAAAAAGAAAAUCCAUAUCCGUGUCAAGGCCGGAUACCGGACUGCAACUGCGAACGACCAAUUUGAACAAGGAAAGUCUUCUAAAUUUCAUGCCCAAAAAGUCACACCACACUCUGGACAACAACAACAAGCCGAAUAUUUUGACAAGCAUUGAACCUAUUCGACCCGGACAACAGUGUCUGAUCGGCAAGGGGAUGAAUCCCGUUGCUCAAAAUAUUACUGCCACUUUCCCGCACACUGUCGGAUCGAUAAAACCCAGUUCCAUUGAAGAGCAAUCUGACACUAUUGCAGGAGAAUUGAAGGAUCUCAAGUUAGGCACUCGGAACGCUUUGAUCAGACCUUUCGACAAAAAUCCGUAUUAUUCUAACUCAUUGAUCAAAAAGGCGAUUGACUUACAACCAACCAAACUGGAUCAGGUGACAACAAUUAACAAAUUAGAUUGUUGGCCCGUGCGUUUCCCCGAUCAAACUGGUCGAUGUUUUACGCCAAAUUUUGUACCGAUCAGCACAAACGUAUCGACAGAUCUGACCACAUCUGCUAUUCCGAGUCUGAUUCGAACUAGACUGGACGAUACACCCCCGAUGCAGUCAGACCCUCCGGUUUCCAUGACUUCCGCUGCCUACAACAGCCUGCUGAUAAAUUCCACUGACGUGACCGAAGAGCUUGGAAGUGCUAAACCAAUUCGAUACUCGGAAGCUGAUAAAUCAGUGUAUGAGAAAAUGGACGGAUGCAUGAACACAAAUAAUUUUCCCAAUGAAAUAGUGACCAGCGGAGAGGCGUUCUCAGUUGCACCAGUUAAUCGGGGGGAAUCGGUGAGCACAAGUCUCACCAAUUUGGUUUCCUCCUAUAAAAAUCACUUUACACCGACCCGAUCGAAUGGAGUUGGCAUAGACAUGUCCUGUGCGGUUGAGGUGAAAAAAAAUCUGACCCGUUUGUUUCAGUUUCAUCUACCCGGAAUGACCGGUGCAGCAGAAUCCAUGACAUCCGUGAUUACCGAUUCGGGUCACGUGAAUCAUAUGCCAAAGAUGGUUGACAAGUCUGAUUACUCUUUGUAUUAG